CCUGUCACAUGACCCACGACUUACAGGAGGCGGAAGUGGGAAGAGGAAGGAGCCCAGCCGCCGCCGGUAAGAGCAAGAGCCUGUUCGUUAGUCUUGUUGUGGUUUGUGUGGCUGCUGUGAGGCUUCUUCCCCUUCCUCUCAAGGCCACUGAUGAUGCAAUGGCUUCUGCAGGGCUCUCUGGAGAGAAAUCUCCGCUGACUGUGAAAGUUGUAUCGGCGAAGCCUAAGGGCCCUGGCAGGCGCCAGCCCCGCAUCACCUCCUUCGUGGAAGUGGCAGCUGACGGACUCCCCAGCGAGACCAAGAGGACGGCCAAGAAGGCGGGAGGUGCAGAGCUGCUCUGGAACGAAAGCCUCGUCCUGAAUGUCACGCCGCAGACCCAGCUGGAGGUCAAGUUGUGGAGCUGUCAUACCCUGCGCAACGAGCUGCUUGGCGCAGCCUCCGUUGGCCUACCCGGUCUUCUUAGGCAGAGCAAAGGCAGAGUGGAGAACAAGCAGCUGACCUUGAACCUGCAGAUGGAGAACAAAGGCAGCCUUGUCUCCGGAGGGGAGCUGACGAUUUUCCUGGACGGCCCUGGUGUUGACGUGGGAAGCCUGCCGAAUGGCGGUGGCAUCGUCCUGGCAGAAGGAUCCCAAGGUGCCGGAAGGGACCCUGGCGGAGGCUCGGCUGCGUCCCCUGAAAACAGGCCCCAAGCACCCAGCACCAACUGUUUCAACGGCUGCUCCAGAUCGCACAGACAAGGGGCGGCCGGAGAGGCCAGGCAGAGUCCGGUCAACGGGGAGCAAAGCUCUAGCCCCUGGCUGCGGCGCCAGGCAGCAGGAAAGGCCCAGAGCAGCCCUGUCCUGAAUGGCACAGUGAAUGGGGAGUCUGCCGUUUCUCUCCCCGAAGUCGAAGAGGAAGUCCCUGCACCUGCAUUGAGUGCUGACUCAGGUGCAACUGAGGAACCCCCUGGGACGGAGGAGGAGGAGGCACCCCCCGACCCCAGGAGCCAGGCCUCCCAGCCCUCUGCACAUGCGCAGGAGGCGCUGCCCACCGGGUGGGAGCAGCGGGAGCUGUCCAAUGGGAGAGUCUACUAUGUGGACCACAACACCAAGACCACCACCUGGGAGCGGCCCCUCCCACCUGGCUGGGAGAAGCGGGUGGACCCCCGUGGGCGCUACUACUACGUGGACCACAACACACGCACCACCACUUGGCAGCGCCCCACAGCUGAGUACGUACGCAACUAUGAACAGUGGCAAAGCCAGCGCAGCCAGCUCCACGGCGCCAUGCAGCACUUCAGCCAGCGCUUCCUCUACCAGUCCUCGGGUGCCCCGCCGGACAAUGACCCCCUUGGACCACUGCCCACUGGAUGGGAGAAGAGGCAGGACAACGGCCGUGUCUACUAUGUCAACCACAACACGCGCACCACGCAAUGGGAGGACCCCCGCACACAAGGAAUGAUCCAGGAGCCGGCACUUCCCCCUGGAUGGGAGAUGAAGUACACAAGCGAAGGGGUGCGCUACUUUGUGGACCACAACACCCGCACCACCACCUUCAAGGACCCUCGUCCUGGAUUUGAGUCUGGGAGCAAACAGGGAGGCUCCCCUGGUGCCUACGACCGCAGUUUCCGCUGGAAGUUCCACCAGUUCCGCUUCCUGUGCCACUCGAACGCGCUUCCCAGCCACGUCAAGAUCAGCGUCUCGCGACAAACGCUCUUUGAGGACUCCUUCCAGCAGAUCAUGAACAUGAAGCCCUAUGACCUCCGGCGGCGGCUCUACAUCAUCAUGCGCGGGGAAGAGGGGCUGGACUACGGGGGAAUCGCUCGGGAAUGGUUCUUCCUCUUGUCCCAUGAAGUGCUGAACCCCAUGUACUGCCUCUUUGAAUACGCCGGGAAGAACAACUACUGCCUCCAGAUCAACCCGGCUUCCUCCAUCAACCCCGACCACUUGACCUACUUCCGCUUCAUUGGCCGGUUCAUUGCUAUGGCCUUGUAUCACGGGAAGUUCAUUGACACUGGCUUCACCCUGCCCUUCUACAAGCGGAUGCUCAACAAGCGGCCCACCCUCAAGGACCUGGAGUCCAUUGACCCUGAGUUCUACAACUCCAUCGUCUGGAUCAAGGAGAACAACCUGGAGGAGUGCGGCUUGGAGCUAUUCUUCAUCCAGGACAUGGACAUCCUGGGCAAAGUGACCACCCAUGAGCUCAAGGAAGGCGGGGAGAGCAUUCGGGUCACCGAGGAGAACAAGGAGGAGUACAUCAUGCUGCUGACAGACUGGCGCUUCACUCGGGGUGUGGAGGAGCAGACCAAGGCCUUCCUGGACGGUUUCAACGAAGUGGCGCCUCUCGAAUGGCUGCGCUACUUUGAUGAGAAGGAGCUGGAGUUGAUGCUGUGUGGGAUGCAGGAGAUCGACAUGAGUGACUGGCAGAAGAACACCAUCUACCGCCAUUACACCAAGAACAGCAAGCAGAUCCAGUGGUUUUGGCAGGUGGUGAAGGAGAUGGACAAUGAGAAGAGGAUCCGGCUCCUGCAGUUUGUGACAGGGACAUGCCGCCUGCCGGUGGGAGGAUUCGUAGAGCUGAUCGGCAGCAACGGUCCCCAGAAGUUCUGCAUUGACAAGGUGGGCAAGGAGACCUGGCUCCCUCGCAGCCACACCUGCUUCAACCGCCUGGAUCUUCCUCCUUACAAGAGUUUUGAGCAGCUGAAGGAGAAGCUCCUCUUUGCCAUCGAAGAGACAGAGGGCUUUGGCCAGGAGUGAAGAAGGAGAAGUCAGCCAGCUCUGAAAGGGAGCCAAGGUGCUGCCUGCCUGCUUCCUUCCUGCCAAGAUGGCACCCAGAGCCACUUUAGAGUGCUUUGACCCACCAUGAGAGGCCUUGCAAUUGCAGGCCAACUCUUUCCCCUUUCCUGAAGCCAAGGGCAGCCUCUGAUUCGUCCCUUUUGUCAAACCACUCGACACCAAAGAGGCAGCCGCUUCAUGGGGAUCCUGGCAGGGCAAACUCAUGCUCCUCCCCAAUUUCCAAAAGCUCCCACACACCCCUUUUCUUGGCCACCAAACCCUGAGCUGUGGCUACCGUUUCGGUACCUCUGCCCUGGAUACUGUGGGUGCUGCUUGGAUAGGCCUCCCCUCUCCUUCCCCACUGUUUCAACCAAAAGCACUCAACACAAAGAAAGGAAUGAGCACUUUGGGGAGCCUCUCCCCCCGACAAAAGAUGUGUUGUCCUCCCCCCGGUGCAGAGCGACAUCAGAGUCCAGGGACAAAACCCACUUGGGCCUUUGCUUCUUCUAGAUCAGGCUUGGACCAACUUCGGCCCUCCUGGUGUUUUGGACUCCAACUCCCACAAUCCCUACUGUUAGGGAUUGUGGAACACCUGGAGGGCCAAAGUUGACCAUGCCUGUUCUAGACCCACCUACUCUUUGCCCCCAAACCCCAUUAAACGAGAAGUUGGGACCCUUCAUACCACUCUAGCCACAUUCUGGGGGAAUUGUCCAGACCCGCAGGGACUGUCCACUCUCAGCAGUUGAGGGAGGCUUGUCCUGUUGCCUUUGUGCCCGUUGAGCCUUGCAGGAUUGGGGUGGCCCCUUUGGCGGGAGGGUCCGCACCCCAAGAAUCCCAGAGGAAGCUGCCAUGUGGAUCUCCUCUUAGGACUCCAAAUCCAGCAGAUGGGGGCACCUCCCUGCUCUACACCUAGCUGAGGCAUGGGCC